AUGCCUGCAACCGGUACCAAAAGCGGAUCCAGCAAGAAAACACCUGAGCAUCCUCCAUACGAGGCAAUGAUCAAAGCUGCUAUUCUCUCACUCAAGGAACGCAAGGGCAGCUCUCGUCCUGCAAUCAAAAAGUAUAUCUUGGCAAACUACAAGGUGACUUCUGGUGCACACUUUGAUACACAAAUUGCCGCAGCGAUCAAACGUGGUGCAGCCAAGAACGUCUUUGCUCUUCCUAGAGGUCUCUCUGGUACAGUCAAGCUUGUUAAGCCCGAGAAAAAGUCAACAACUGAAAAGAAAGACAAGGAGGCCAAGGCUGGUGAAAAGAAAAGCUCUGCUGAAUCCAAGGCAUCCGGCACUAAAAAGAAAGCACCUGCCACCAAAAAGGCACCCAAGAGUGCUGCAGCUAAAAAAGCCGCUCUCGCAAAGAAGCAACCUUCCAAGCAAAAAACGGCCACCAAGCAAAACGUAAAGGCUCCCAGAAAGAAGAGCACAUCCGCUACAGGUACCACCACCAAGAAAACAACGGCCACCAAAAAGAAGGCAACAGCAAAGGCUUAA